AUGGACUCGCGCUCGAAAUGGAAGGCUACAGCCUUGCUGACUUGGCUUCUAGCCACAGAAAUAUCCCACUGUCUCCCGCACGUGGGAAACGAGGUAGAAGCUACUCUGCAAAACACAGCUACCGAGUCUGCGAGUGCCUUUGAGACUCAGUAUCCACCUUCAAACAGUGAAGACCGGCUCCUGAUCCCCGAGUCACACCCAGUGUAUCGAGUAGCUUUGGAACAGGACGGACAUUCGUCACAGCAGCCUUUCCCACAUUUUGACGUUGCCCAAUUCGUUGACGGCUUAGGAGAUUUGUUGGGCUCGGGUGGUGAUUCUACUGGACCAGCACCGGCCGCGACAGCACAGUCUACUUAUACAGGAAAAUCUGAUCCUAUUGAAGCGACAACUUCAGCCAAACAACCUGAAAACUCAGCGCUAAUUCCUACAGCUGGAUCUGUGACGGACUCACCGCAGGCCGAACCGAGUACUACUGUGGUGCAUGAACCCUCUUCACGCCCGGCUGCACCAGAUAAUUCUAAAGCCAUGCAUGGCCAAGAUAUAUUCCAGCCGAUUGCGACUGGUCCUGUCCCUGCUAAUAUCAAGUCUCGAGAUGACCACCCUGUGAAGAACGAGCAUGCCAAUACCACUGACCCGAUUGCGACGAAUAAGUUCUAUGCCAGCCUUUACCUGGGCUCUCAGACCAAUACUACCUUCACUCAGCCCUACUCUCUGUCAUGGUCCAAGGGAGGCGGCUCCCUGAAGAGCUGGGGUAUGGUUGUUUCCCAUAUCCAGCCUCACAUGCUUGCAUACGGACCUCCGAACAACAAGAUCCCCGGAGACCCAGUGCAGUACUACAUCAACCCAGUCGGCCUCCCACAUCUGAUCUUCUCUGCAACCGAGCUUGACCAGUCUUUCGUCAUGGACGUCGAACAGCCAAAGGCUUUCUCAGCCCACGCUGUGAUCAAGCGCCCCGGAGGCUCUGCUCAACAGAUUAUGUUCCCCGUUGUGCAAGGGAUGGGCUACGCAACAGCUGUGUACAAUGACCUGCAGCCCCUCAUUGAAAGCGGUGUUUUCUUCCGCAAGAUCGUCAGCGCCGAUUCGCCUAGGACCGGCAUCUUCAAGUACCAGGUUUAUCUUGACGAUGAGACGACCUGGCUUCUCUAUGCCACUCCGGCUGAUGGCAAGGAUCCGAAAUUAAAGCUAGUCUCAAAGACCCAACUUCGCGGUCCCAAAGGCUUUUCUGGUACUAUCCAAGUUGCGAAGAACACCGCUGGCAAAUCUGGCGAGAAAUUCUAUGAUAACUCUUCUGGCGUCUACCCGGUGGCAGGAGAGAUCUCUGGCUCUAUCACAGGUGAUGUGGGCGGCUACUCGCUCUCUUGGACCAAGGCCGGAAAGGACAUCGAAGGUACUCCUCUGAUCAUGUUCGCGCUACCCCAUCACGUCCACUCCUUCGACAGUGCCACCAAGGGCCGUAUCACCGAUAUUCACCUUCGCACCACAACAAAGGGCAACUCCACUGCCGUAAUCGGAGAAAGCUGGACUAUGGUCGAACAAAACCUCCCCAUCGACAUCGGAUUCGCCCCGUGGUCAACCACCCAUGGCAGUGUUCACGAGCUGUCCGCCGCAGCCCAGCACGCCAUUAUUCAGGCUGCCCCCCACGAGCUCAAGCAGAACAUUUCAGAACAGACGGAUCUCAACAGCAUGUACUACAGCGGCAAGGCGUUGAGCAAAUUCGCAAUGCUAGUGUAUACGGUCAACCAGCUCGGCAACAACGUCGAGCUAGCAGCAGAUGCCUUCCAGACGCUCAAGAAGUCCUUCGAUCUAUUCGUGCAGAACAAGCAGCAAUUCCCGCUCGCCUAUGAUUCCGUCUGGAAGGGCAUUGUCUCGACCGCCGGCUAUAACGGCGAUCUGAACCAGGAUUUCGGGAACACAGCGUACAACGACCACCACUUCCACUAUGGCUACUUCAUCCAAGCAGCCGCCAUCAUCGGCGCUCUUGAUCCCAGCUGGCUGGCCGCGAACAAGGAGUGGGUCAACAUGCUUGUUCGUGAUGCUGGUAACUCUGUUGCAAAUGAUCCGCACUUCCCAUUCUCGCGCUCGUUUGAUUGGUAUAACGGUCACUCUUGGGCGAAAGGUUUGUUCGAGUCUUUUGAUGGCAAGGAUCAGGAAUCUACCUCGGAAGAUACCAUGUUCGCGUAUGCGAUCAAGAUGUGGGGAAAGACGACCGGCGAUGCUAGCAUGGAAGCUCGUGGCAAUGUUAUGCUGGGCAUCCUGCGUCGAUCUCUCAAUAACUACUUCUUGAUGGAGGAUGACAAUGUCAACCAGCCUGCGAACUUUAUUGCGAACAAGGUCACCGGAAUUCUAUUCGAGAACAAAGUCGAUCACACCACCUAUUUCGGUGCCAACCUCGAAUUCAUCCAGGGAAUCCACAUGCUACCUCUCAUGCCACACAGCCCCUUCACACGACGAAAGGAGUUCGUACGCCAGGAAUGGCAGGCAAUGUUCGCUGAAAACGCCUCAACCCCGGCCUCCGAAGUCGACGGCGGAUGGAGGGGUGUGUUGUACGCCAACCUGGCCCUCAUCGAUUCCAAAUCGGCGUGGGAAUUCUUUGCCCAGCCGAACUUCGACUAUAGCUGGAUUGAUGGCGGUGCUUCGCGUACUUGGUACCUGGCUUUUGUUGCUGGUCUUGGUGGUGCUCCUUAG